AUGGCACUUAGGCAGUCUACACAACCAUCAACGUCAACGGCAAGGACGUCUUUCAUAUCACAACCAAAUCAUGCGAGCGCGAAUCCAGCUCAAGCACCAAAUCCUAAUGCUGCCAUGUCACCUGAACUCGAACAAACGCUAGCGAUGCUUUCCUCACACAGAUCUGUUUUGGGCUACAUGCUUAUCACACGCGGUCAUCAUCCGAGCAUUAUCAGACAUUCUGGUGUUAUUUUCGAAGGCGAGCAAGGGAAAAGAUAUGCCGCAGUAGUUGCUCGGAUAGUGGAAAGUGUACAAGCAGGUCUUGAAGAAGUACGAGUAGAUGAUGGUCUAGGUGCUGUGGCUGGAGAGGCCGAAGUGGAUGAAGUCAAGUUUAUGAGAAUUCGCACAAAGAAGCACGAAAUUAUGAUUUCUCCAGAUGAUAAGUAUCUGCUUGCUGUUUUACACGACCCUACGACAUGA